GGCAGUAAGUACCACUGGCAGAGUCAGAAUGUCAAGCAGAGUGGUGUGGACGACAUGGUGCUACUGUCCAAGAUCAGUGAAGACGCAAUUGUGGAGAACCUGAAGAAGAGAUACAUGGACGACUACAUCUUUGUAUCCUGUUUCAUUGUAUGUUAGGGACCUUCCUUCAUCACUUCUCACAAAUGUCUCAGUGGGGAAGUACACUGUGAAGACACGACCUGUCCCGUCACACGCUCUCUGACUGAUAUAUUUAUAGGCACAUACACAAACACACACACACACACACACACACACACACACACACACACACACACACACACACACACACACACACACACACACACACACACACACACACACAUGCACACAAACAAAAAACUGUUACAAAUGGCUUUAAACCAUGUAGAGAGAUUUGAGAAUUGAGAUCGUUGAGGUCAUUCCACUGGCCCAUAGCAUUAGGUCCUUCCAUUCUAUAUAUCAUGGGUGAGCACAGCUGAUGUUUGUACUCACACAGUAGCAACAACACAAUAACAAACAUACAUACCAUCCUUGCCUCAUCUCCCUAACACACAUACAUACUCACUCAACCUCAUCACAUGCUAACACACAUACAUACUCACUCAACCUCAUCACAUGCUAACACACAUACAUACUCACUCAACCUCAUCACAUGCUAACACACAUACAUACUCACUCAACCUCAUCACAUGCGCAGACACACAUGAAUGUAUGCAAUAAUAGGACUGCACUGUUCCUCUUUUGGAUGCACUGUGUGACUUCACAGCACACUACCCUGUUUUUAGUACACAUUUUACUGCACAUUCGAGACUUACUUCAUUCUUUGUGUGAAAAAAAGCAUUCUAUUUUUGUGUAUUAUACAGUCCGGAGAAACUAUGGUUUGGGAUAUUUGUCUUUUUGAAAAGUUUACAUCAUCAUCAACAAUUUCGAUGUGAUUGUUUCAAUAUCAUAUUCCACGAUUUCACCAGAAACACCCUACCUAUUCCUUAACUGUCAUGUGCAGACCUAUAUUGGCUCUGUGUUGAUAUCAGUGAACCCAUUCAAACAGAUGCCCUACUUCACUGACCGGGAAAUUGAACUCUACCAAGGGGCUGUGAGUAAACCAUCCUAUUGUUCAAUGUUUACUUUGGUCUUUAUGUGCCCAUCAUUUCAUUGUUUACCUUAGUAGUUGUAUAUUAAACUCCCUCUCCGUCCAUUCUCUUGAUAAGUAGAAUAGAAGAAGAGUAGGAGUAGGAUCAGAGAGCAGAGAACACUCUCUCUCGAUCGUCAGAGGGAAAGAUCUCGACAGGGCUCGCUCAGAGAGCUGGAGAUCUGAGAGAGAGAGAGAAGGAGCCCUGAGAUCGAAGCUCGGGAACGAAGGAGAGACUUCGAGCUAGACGGAGAGACGAGAGCGUUCCUAAUGAUCUUCUAUCUAUUCGUCUCUCGCUCAUCGCAGAGGGUCUAUGCCUUUGCUUAUCUGGCGUUUAUCUCUCUCUUUUCUCACUCUCUCUCCUUCUCUCUCUGUUUUUUUUCUCUCUCUCUUUUCUCUCCUCUCUCUCUUCCUCGCGUUCUCGGCUCUCUCUCUCUAUCUCUCUCUCUCUCUCUCUCUCUCUCUAUCUUCUCUCUCUCUCUCUCUCUCUCUCUCUCUCUCCUCUCUCUCUCUUCUUCUCUCUCUGUUUUCUCACUCUCUCUGUCUCGUUUUUGUCUCUCUCGUUUUUCUCUCCAUGUAAAGGCCCAGUAUGAAAACCCUCCCCACAUCUAUGCCCUGACUGAUAACAUGUACAGGAACAUGAUGAUCGAUCAGGAGAACCAGUGUGUUAUUAUCAGGUGUGUUAUUAUACCAGUGUCAUAACUGCUAUCUGUUUCUGCUGGCAGGCAGUAUGGAGGCCUAGUUCUUCUCUGUGCCUCUCUGUGACGCACCUUAGGCCUUCUCAUGUGCGUCAUGCUACCCAAGAACACUUACUCUCACUGCUUUUCUCAGAACUAACAAAGAACCAAAGAACAAUCAGUGUGUCGUUUCCUUUCUUACUAUACUGAACAAAAAUAUAAACGCAACAUGCAACAAUUUAAAAGAUUCUACUGAGUUACAGUGCAUAUAAGGAAAUCAGUCAAUUUAAAUAAAUGUAUUAGGCCCUAAUCUAUGGAUUUCACAUGACUGGGAAUACAGAUCAGAAAACCACCAUUUGCCUCAUGCAGCGCGACACAUCUCCUUCGCAUAGAAAUGAUCAAGCUGUUGAUUGUGGCCUGUGCAAUGUUUUCCCACUCCUCUUCAAUGGCUGUGCGAAGUUGCUGGAUUUGUCGGGAACUGGAUCACGUUGUCGUACACGUCGAUACAGAGCAUCCCAAACAUUCUCAAUGGUUGACAUAUACAGGCCAUGGAAGAACUGGGACAUUUUCAGUUUCCAGGAAUUGUGUACAGAUCCUUGCGACACAGGACUGUGCAUUAUCAUGCUGAAACAUAAGGUGAUUGCGGCAGAUGAACAGCACGACAAUGGGCCUCAGGAUCUCGUCACAGUAUCUCUGUGCAUUCAAAUUGCCAUUGAUAAAAUGCAAUUCUGUUCGUUGUCCGUAGCUUAUGCCUGCUCAUACCAUAACCCCACCGCCACCAUUGGGCACUCUGUUCACAACGUUGACAUCAGCAAACCGCUCGCCCACAUGACGCCAUACACACUGUCUGCCAUCUGCCCGGUACAUUUUUUAUACUGCGAUUCAUCCGUGAAGAGCACACUUCUUCAGCGUGACAGUGGCCAUUGAAGGUGAGCAUUUGCCCACUGAAGUCAGUUAGGACGCACAACUGCAGUCAGGUCAAGACCCUGGUGAGGACGGCGAGCACGCAGAUGAGCUUCCCUGAGACGGUUUCUGACAGUUUGUGCAGAAAUUCUUUGGUUGUGCAAAUCCACAGUUUCAUCAGCUGUCCGGGUGGCUGGUCUCAGACUAUCCCGCGGGUGAAAAAGCCGGAUGUGGAGGUUCUGGGCUGGCAUGGUUACACGUGGUCUUCGGUUAUGAGACCGUUGUGAUGUACUACCAAAUUCUGUAAAACAACGUUGGAGGCGGCUUAUGGUAGAGAAAUUAACAUUACAUUCUCUGGCAACAGCUCUGGUGGACAUUCCUGCAGUCAGCAUGCCAAUUGCAUGCUCCUUCAAAACUUGAGACAUCUGUGGCAUUGUGUUGUGUGACAACUGCACAUUUUAGAGUGGCCUUUUAUUGUCCCCAGCACAAGGUGCACCUGUGUAAUGAUCAUGCUGUUUAAUCAGCUUCUUGAUUUGCCACACCUGUCAGGAGAAAUGCUCACUAACAGGGAUGUAAACACAUUUGUGCACAAAAUUUGAGAUAAAUAAGCUUUUUGUGCAUAUAGAACAUUUCUGGGAUAUUUUAUUUCAGCUCAUGAAACAUGGGACCAACACUUUACACGUUGCAUUUAUAUUUUUGUUUAGUAUAAAAUAAACAGAGAAUUUCAUGUGCAGCCAUAGAUCACCUUCACAAAAAGUUUCACACAAAGUUUUUUGACAAGAUGUAGAGGUGUAAAUUAGAGGGUUAUCAUUGCCUUUAAUAUGUCUGUAUGUUUUGUGUGUGUUGUGCCCAGUGGGGAGAGUGGAGCUGGGAAGACUGUGGCUGCCAAAUACAUUAUGAGUUACAUCUCCAAAGUAUCAGGAGGAGGUGAUAAAGUGCAGGUAUUACCUACUGUUAUUACUAUUACUACUAAUACUACUAUUACAAUGACUAAUACUACUAUUACUACUAUUACCAUUACUAUUACUACUAUUACUACUAAUACUACUAUUACUACUAUUACAAUUUCUAAUACUACUAAUACUACUAAAACUACUAAUACUACUAUUACCAUUACAAAUGCUACUAUUACCAUUACUAAUACUGCUAUUACUACUAUUACUACUAGUACUACUAUUACUACUAGUACUACUAUUACCAUUACUAUUACUACUAAUAAUACUAUUACUACUAUUACAAUUACUAAUACUACUAAUACUACUAUUACCAUUACCAAUGCUACUAUUACUACUAUUACUAUUACUAAUAUUACUAUUACUACUAUUACCAUUACCUUUAGUAUUAAUACUAGUACUUAUAAUGCUACUAUUACUACUAUUACAAUUACUAACACUAUUAAUACUACUAUUACCAUUACUAAUACUACUAAUACUACUAUUACUACUAUUACCAUUACUAAUCCUACUAUUACUACUAUUACCAUUACUAAUUUCUACUUUUAGCAUUUUCAUUACUAAUGACUGUGAAGGAAACUCUGAAGUGCUGUGUUGUGAUGUUUCUCUGUAUGUGUCUGUCAGCAUGUGAAGGACAUCAUCCUCCAGUCCAAUCCUCUACUGGAGGCCUUUGGCAAUGCCAAGACUGUCCGCAACAACAACUCCAGUCGCUUUGUGAGUGAUACGUACAGCAACCAGCCUCCCCUUUCCCUUAUUUGUCUUUCUAUCCUCCUCAUCUUUUUCUUCCUCCUCUUCUCUAGACACUGUGUGUGGGCUAAUAAAGUAAGACUGAUACUGUAAACUGAUCAUUUCUGAAACCACUUGCCAACUGUUGUUUUCCUGUGCUCUACCAGAGACGAUCUGCAUUCUGCAGACUAUAUACCCCAGCAGCAGUAUGCAACAGUCACCGUUCACCCUCUCCUCUUUCCAUAUUCCUGAGAUCCUGAAAUGUUAAUCUCAACUCCUAACCACAUCCACAUGCAACAGUGCAGGCUUUGUAGCUGAGUGCAUGUCACCUCUGGGGUUUCCUGCCUCUAUUACGGUAGAACAACACAAUGAGAUGAAAGAGCUUGAGAAGACUGAGCUGAGGUGAAAUCCUGGGUGGGGUCAACAAGCUGUGUCGUAAUGUAAAGAUAUAAUGCAAAUAUAUUUUUAGGGAGUUUACCACACUUCGUGGUACAUCUUGUGUCACUGCUCUGAUAAUUCCAUUCUACCAGUACAGAGGGCCACAAACCCAUUCCCAUUUACAUUUGAGUCAUUUAGCAGACGCUCUUAUCCAGAGCGACUUACAGGAGCAAUUAGGGUAUAGUGCCUUGCUCAAUGGAACUUCGACAGAUUUCUAACCUAGUCGGCUCAUGGAUUUGAACCAGCGCCCUUUCGGUUACUGGCCCAACGCUCUUAACCACUAGGCUACCUGCCACCCGGACCAUAACCAUAAAGUCAUAAUAAUCAACCAUGUCUAAUUUGAGUGAUAUGUUUUUGUGCGUGUUCUGAUCUAACAGGGUAAAUACUUUGAGAUCCAGUUUAGCAGAGGAGGAGAGCCGGACGGUGGUAAAAUCUCCAACUUCCUCCUUGAGAAGUCGAGAGUGGUGAGCCAGAACGAGAACGAGAGGAACUUCCAUGUCUACUACCAGGUCAGUCAGGCCCUGAGCUAGGCCAGCAGUGACACAGCUACCCACAAUGACAAUGUGUUUGACUUUCUCGCCCUACACCACAGAUUUAACGGUUCUGUAGGGUUUCAUAAUUGGGUAUGAAUUGUUUAUGUGUAAUUCAUGUGCUGUAAAUUUCAGUUGUGUUUUGUCUGAACUGUUGUAUUUAGCUAAUAGAGGGAGCCAACCCCCAGCAGAAAGAAACCCUGGGCAUCAUGAGUCCAGAUUACUACUACUACCUGAACCAGUCUGGGACAUACAAAGUGGACGGAACAAACGACAGCAAGGACUUUCAGGAGACAAUGGUACCUUACGCCAUCAGGGCUUAAAACAUAGAGUACACUUUUUUUGUGAGCAAUUCUUGAUUGAGACAUCACAGAAGCACUGGGAGCAAAUUGACACUUAUAUUUACACUACCAUUCAAAGGUUUGGGGUCACUUAGACAUUUCUAAGUGACCCCAAACUUUUGAAUGGUAGUGUAAAUAUAAGUGUAAAUUUGCUCCCAGUGCUUCUGUGAUGUCUCAAUCAAGAAUAUCCAUUAAAAUAACAUCAAAUUGAUCAGAAAUAUAGUGUAGACAUUGUUAAUGUUGUAAAUGGCUAUUGUAGCUGGAAACUGCUGAUUUUUCAUGGAAUAUCUACAUAGGCGUACAGAGGCCCAUUAUCAGCAACCAUCAGUCCUGUGUUCCAAUGGCAUGUUGUGUUUGCUAAUCCAGGUUUAUCAUUUUAAAAGGCUAAUUGAUCAUUAGAAAACCCUUUUGAAAUUAUGUUAGCACAACUGAAAACUGUUGUGCUGAUUAAAUAAGCAAUAAAACUGGCCUUCUUGAGACUAGUUGAGUAUCUGGAGCAUCAGCAAUUGUGGGUUCGAUUACAGGCUCAUAAUUGCCAGAAACAAAUAACUUUCUUCUGUAACUCGUCAGUCUUUUCUUGUUCUGAGAAAUGAAGGCUAUUCCAUGCGAGAAAUUGCCAAGAAACUGAAGAUCUCGUACAACGCUGUGCAGUACUCCCUUCACAGAACAGCGCAAACUGGCUCUAACCAGAAUAGAAAGAGGAGUGGGAGGCCCCGUUGCACAACUGAGCAAGAGGACAAAUACAUUAGAGUGUCUAGUUUGAGAAACAGACGCCUCACAGGUCCUCAACUGGCAGCUUCAUUAAAUAGUACCCGCAAAACACCAGUCUCAACGUCAACAGUGAAGAGGCGACUCUGGGAUGCUGACCUUCUAGGCAGAGUUGCAAAGAAAAAGACACAUCUCAGACUGGCCAAUAAAAAGAAAAGAUUAAGAUGGGCAAAAGAACACAGACACUGGACAGAGGAAGAUUGGAAAAAAGUGUUAUGGAUAGACAAAUCAAAGUUUGAGGUGUUCGGAUCACAAAGAAGAACAUUUUUGAGACGCAGACCAAAUGAAAAGAUGCUGGAGGAGUGCUUGAUGCCAUCUGUAAAGCAUGGUUGAGGCAAUGUGAUGGUCUGGGGGUGCUUUGGUGGUGGUAAAGUGGGAGAUUUGUACAGGGUAAAAGGGAUCUUGAAGAAGGAAGGCUAUCACUCCAUUUUGCAAAACCAUGCCAUACCCUGUGGACGGCGCUUGAUUGGAGACAAUUUCCUCCUACAACAGGACAAUGACCCAAAGCACAGCUCCAAACUAUGCAAUAAUUAUUUAGGGAAGAAGCAGUCAGCUGGUAUUCUGUCUAUAAUGGAGUGGCCAGCACAGUCACCGGAUCUCAACCCUAUUGAGCUGUUGUGGGAGCAGCUUGACCGUAUGGUACGUAAGAAGUGCCCAUCAAGCCAAUCCAACUUGUGGGAGGUGCUUCAGGAAGCAUUUUUACAUUUACAUUUUUUACAUUUAAGUCAUUUAGCAGAUGCUGUUAUCCAGAACAACUUGCAGUUAGUGAAUGCAUACAUGUUUUUUUGUUUGUUUUUGUUAGUUUUUUUGUUUUUUUCUUACUGGCCCCCCGUGGGAAACGAACCCACAUCCCUGCCGGUCAAAUCCUCCCCUACCUUGGACGACGCUGGACCAAUUGUGCGCCGCCCAUGGGUCUCCCGGUUGCAGCCGGCUGCGACAGAGCCUGGACUCGAACCAGGAUCUCUAGUGGCACAGCUAGCACUGCGAUGCAGUGCCUUAGACCACUGCGCCACUCGAAGCAUGGGGUGAAAUCUCUUCAGAUUACCUCAACAAAUUGACAACUAGAAUGCCAAAGGUCUGCAAGACUGUAAUUGCUGCAAAUGGAGGAUUCUUUGACAAAAGCAAAGUUUGAAGGACACAAUUAUUAUUUCAAUUAAAAAUCAUUAUUUCCAACCUUGUCAGUGACUACAUUUCCUAUGCAUUUUGCUAUAUUUCUUAUUCAAACUCAUUUCAUGUAUGUUUUCAUGGAAAACAAGGACAUUUCUAAGUGACCCCAAACUUUUGAACGGUAGUGUAUAUUCGUAAUACAGGCUUAUAAUUAGCUAAAUAUACUGUUCUAUUGUGUAUUCCCAGUCCUUGUGUGUUGUCAGGGCCAGCAGUAAUGGCGCUCUGUACAGGACCAUAGAUUUCAGUGUUGAGUUUUGUCCACAGGAAGCCAUGAAUGUGAUUGGGAUCCCAGAGGCUUACCAGGCUCAGGGGCUGCAGAUCAUAGCAGGAAUCCUGCACCUUGGAAACAUCAGCUUCAUAGAAGCAGGCAACUAUGGGCAGGUGGAGAGCACUGACUGUGAGUGGGAGAGCACAAACAUGCCUAAUACACACACAUGAAGACAUGCACACAGAGAUGCACAUGCACAAGUAAGCAUCAAUGUAACAUUCCCCAUAAGGUGAAAAAACAUUGGAGAGGGAUAGUCACUAAAACACACUUUUGCCAUAAUGAAAGCAGGAAUUAAUGUAUAAACAGGUGUUCUGUUUGUUCUGUUUGUCUUUCCUCCCUCCCAGUGCUUGCCUUCCCUGCCUAUCUGCUGGGUGUUGACCCAACGCGUCUGCAAGAGAAACUGACCAGCAGAAAGAUGGACUCGAAGUGGGGUGGAAAGUCUGAGUCCAUCGAUGUGACACUCAACCAGGAACAAGCCACCUAUACCCGCGACGCCCUGGCUAAGGCCCUCUACACACGACUCUUUGACUACCUGGUGGAGGUCAGGGACAUCUACUAUACACUGCAAUGAUACACACACAGACACAAAUACAGUAAUGAUGACACAUUCAUUUCAUACUAACUAAUUCUCCUCUCUCUUCCUCUCCUAUUACUAGGCCAUAAACAAAGCCAUACAGAAACCUCAUGAAGAAUACAGCAUAGGAGUACUUGACAUAUAUGGUUUUGAGAUAUUCCAGGUAAAUUGUAUAUUAAAUACAUAGAAAUAUACAUCUCUGAUUGGAAAACGAGACAAGACAUAGCUAUAUCGUAACAUUCUCUUUAACUUGGAUGUGUGCUUUCUGACAGAGGAAUGGGUUUGAGCAGUUCUGCAUCAACUUUGUCAACGAGAAGCUACAACAGAUAUUUAUUGAGCUGACACUGAAGGCUGAACAGGUACAAACCACUCUCAAAUCUCAACACUUUUAAUUUAGUUUACGAGGUGUCUUGGAUGUUGUAAAAGUUAUAUUGGCAUUACAAUGUCUAUCUCUCUAUGUUUCUCCCAGGAAGAGUAUGUUCAGGAAGGCAUCAAGUGGACACCAAUUGAGUAUUUCAACAACAAGGUUGUGUGUGACCUCAUCGAGAAUAAGUUGGUGAGCCAAAAAUGACAAUAUAUCAAUGCAAUUUCCACAAAUGUAUCUAUAUUCUACUUGUGGCUACUACUCUACAUGUCUAACAAUCCCCUCCCAUCCAGAACCCGCCAGGCAUCAUGAGUGUGCUGGAUGAUGUGUGUGCCACCAUGCAUGCCAAGGGUGAGGGGGCAGACGGCACCCUGCUCCAGAAGCUCUCGGCGGCGGUCGGCACUCACGAACACUUCAACAGCUGGAACUCUGGCUUUGUCAUCCACCACUACGCAGGCAAGGUGGGUACCAGGAGAGGACACGCCUUCCCACACUCAAAACAGAUAGAAGUAGACACUUCUAGGCUGAGGUAGAUAGGAAUGUUCCAUCAUUGGGAAGUGGGUAGGUAGACAUGUGAGUGAAAUGUUAAGGUCGGUGUGAAUGUUGAUAUUUACACAUGAUGUGUCAUGUCACCUCAGGUCUCCUACGAAAUAAACGGCUUCUGUGAGAGAAACCGGGACGUGCUUUUUACUGACCUCAUUGAACUCAUGCAGAGCAGUGAACAGUACGUAUGCCUCUAUCUUUACCUUAACAGACACGUGUCUCAAAAUAACCAAGGCUUGGGAAAAUCAAUUAAAUGUGGUCCUCCAUUUUGUCCCCACAGUGACUUCAUCCGCAGCCUCUUCUCUGAAAACCUCAACACAGACAAGAAGAGCAGGCCUACUACUGCUAGCUCUAAGAUCAAGGUAACUGUCCCCACUCUACUGCCAGCACUGUGGUUCAGUGGCUGGGUGUAACAGUACACCCAUAGGUUUGAGGUUAUUAGUAGCUACAUGGUGGUACAUCCAUCUCUUAUGUUCUCUCUACAGAAACAAGCCAAUGAUCUGGUGAACACAUUGAUGAAGUGCACCCCCCACUAUAUCCGAUGUAUCAAACCCAACGAGACUAAGAGACCCAAGGACUGGGAGGAGAGCCGGUUUGUCCCUAUUACACCCCCCAACAGACAACAAAUAUGCAAUAGCAGAACAUUCAGAGAAUUCAGCAGGGAGUUAUGACUAUAUAGUUUGGAACAUUAGAAUAAAGGGGAUGAUGAACCUAUGUGUUUAGGGCCAAGCACCAGGUGGAGUACCUUGGGCUGCGGGAGAACAUCCGUGUACGUCGAGCCGGCUACGCCUACCGCAGAGUCUUCAAUAAGUUCCUACAGAGGUGAGUCUUACUUACUCUUAGGUGUGUGUCCUUCAGUGUCUGCUUUGUGUCCGCUCAGUGUGUGUGCGUGUGUGUGUGUGUGUGUGUGGGGGGGGGGGGGGGGGGGGGGUAGUGUAUGCUCUCCCCAGUGCCUGACCCUCUAUGUGUGGCCUGCAGGUAUGCCAUUCUGACGGCGGAGACGUGGCCGUCCUGGCAGGGGGGAGAGCAGCAGGGGGUCCUGCAUCUCCUCCGCUCUGUCAACAUGGACACAGACCAGUACCAGAUGGGGCGCUCCAAGGUCUUCGUCAAGGCCCCAGAGUCGGUAGGGGCCCACAUAGGUCUCCCUGGGAAAAGUGCUGUUUAUUUUAUCUCAAUGGGACUUCCCGGUUUAAAUGAAUAUAUGAAAUGUUUUACAAAAAAGGUGUGAGGUAUUCAUCUGUAUAGUGUAAAAUGGUUUAUUUGAUCAAAGCAUUCCGUCUCUCCUAGCUCUUCCUAUUGGAGGAGAUGCGGGAGAGGAAAUUCGACUUGUUCGCCAGGACCAUCCAGAAGGCCUGGAGGAAGUACAUCGCCAGGAGGAAAUAUGAACAGAUGAGGGAGGAGGGUAAGUGUGUCAAUGAUCCUAGAGAGGUGUGUGGGGAUGAAACAAGGAAGAAAAAUGAAUAUACAUAAAUUAAUGUAAAUACAGAAAAUGAAUAUACAGCAAUGAAUAUGUCCUGGAAGGGUCUUACUUAACAUGACCUCUCUCGCAUGUUGUCCACAGCCUCGGACAUCCUGUACAACUCUAAGGAGCGGAGGAGGAACAGCAUCAACAGGAACUUUGUAGGAGACUACCUGGGCCUGGAGCAGAGGCCUGAGCUCAGACAGUUCAUGGCCAAGAGGGAGCGAGUCGACUUUGCAGACUCUGUCAACAAGUUUGACCGCAGGUUCAAGGUGAGUCUACCUCUCCCUCCCCCCACAGAGCGGUGAGGAAAACAGAGCCAAGGCCAGGGUUAACAGCACAACAUUGGGUUAACUUCUUCCAUCUUCCAUUUACACCCACUCAUUCUCACUCUCAUUCUUUCUCGCCCCCUCCCAUUCUCUCUCUCAAGUCCAUCAAGAGGGACCUGAUUCUGUCUCCCAAGGGUAUCUACCUGAUAGGCAGAGAGAAGGUGAAGAAGGGGCCAGAGAAGGGACAGAUAAAGGAGGUGUUAAAACGGAAGCUGGAGUUUGCGAGCAUCCACUCUGUCUCUCUCAGGUAAGGGUUUUUUCUCACUGCUAAACUUAGAAUAGCAUAUAACAGUUCAAUGUGAUGUAUUUCCAGGCAGUACCAAUGAGAGCUUUUGUGGUCAGUGUUGUCAUUAAUAAACAGGAACUGAUCACACAGGAUAUGUUUUUUUUUUUUUACGUUGCUAUAUCAGCCUACUGUGUGUGACACUUAUUGUCUUCUACCAACGCCAAUCCCUCAAAUCUUUCCAUUUCUACCUUUCUCCCUUUCCCUGUAGUAUGAGACAAGAUGAUUUCUUCAUCGUGCAUGAGGCUCAGUAUGACAGUCUGCUGGAGUCCAACUUCAAGACUGAGUUCCUCAGCCUGCUCUGUAAGCGCUAUGAAGAAGUGACCAAGAACAAGCUGUCUCUCUCCUUCAAUGACAGGUAUGACUACACACAUACUGGAUAGGAACAGCCUUGCUAUAUGACUCUCUAUGUGUGGUCUCCAUAGUUUAAUUGAUCGAGUUAACUUUGGAUAAAAGCAUCUGGUAAAAUGAUCAUUUCAUUCAUGUCCACUGUUGUGGCUCUCUAUAGGCUGGAGUUCCGGGUGAAGAAGGAGGGCUGGGGUGGAGGGGGCACCCGUGUUGUGGUAUUCCAGAGGGGACAGGGGGACCUGGCAGAAAUCAGACCAGCUGGAAAGACCCUCACCAUCACCGUGGGAGAUGGCCUGCCCAAGACCUCCAGUGAGUAGCAGGAAGAGAGAGAAUCACAUACAGAAGGAGGAAAGAGACAUUGAUAUAGAUAGACAUGUAUAAAAUACUAAGUCUGACUCAAUACAGUGUACAGUAUAUAACAUAUCCUAUUAAUCCUAAUAUGUCAUAGUUUAAAACUCUACAUGUUUAUUUUGUCAGAGCCCACCAAGAAGGGAUCUCCACAGAACCAUGGAGGAGGCAGGAAUCAGCCUCCCAGCAGAGGUAAACUCAUUAUUUGGUCCAGAUAUGUUCCUACAUCAUCAGCAUGCCUCACUCCAUGAACAUGGCCUUGCAGUGCUUACUAUGAACUGUGUACCACCCUGUGAUAGUUAUGUUGAGAUAUUAGAGGUCUUAGUGUAUGAAUGGUAUACUGUAUGUCUUGUGUUUUGAUGGUAUCUGGGUUCCUCUUCUUUGACUAGGGCACCAGAAUGGUGCAGCCAGAGGUAGAGUUGCUCCAGCGCCACAGCAGCCAGAGCACACCUACUCUGUGCCCCAGAAACUGAACCGGCCCCCCAGCGCCGCCCUCCCCAAACAGGCCUCCCAGAAUUCAAGACGAGGCUCGGCUCAGACUCAGCAGGGGAACCUGGACUUCCUCAACGUGCCUGACCAGGGCGUGUCUGGGUGAGCUGAAUAAACUGAGCAUACAGUGGGCAUUCACAAAAUAUACUAUCUGCAGUGAAGGAUUGGAGUUGAGCUCUCAUCUCUCUCUCUCUCCGUCUCUCUCAUCUCUCUCUCUCCCUGUCUCUCUGAUCUCUCUCUCUCUCCGUCUCUCUCAUCCCCCUUUCCCUCUCUCCAGAAUGCAGAGGAAGAGGAGUAUCAGCAGCCAGCGGCCACCCCCGGCCCCGUCCAGCCGGCCCAAGUCCCAGCCCCGCCCCACCGGCCCGCGUUGCCGGGCGCUGUACCAGUAUGCUGGCCAGGACACAGACGAGCUCAGCUUCGACGCCAAUGAUGUCAUCGACCUGCUCAAUGAAGGUGAGGAACACGUAGGGAGGGAAUAGAAUAGUACUCAAUUGUCUAUUUGUGAAGAAACUAACUGUGUCCAUCUCAACAAAGGAAAAGGGUGAGGAGAAAGAGGCAGAAGAGACUAUAGAACUUGUUGGAUGCUUGGCACUACUACACCAGUGUUGUUAUGCUUGAAGUGCUGAUCCUGAAUAAGCUCACGGCAUCAAUUCAUGCUCAGACCUGUUUUGGAUUAGUUAUAAGUAGGGGUGUAACGAUUCGUUUUAACAACGAUUCGAUUUGUAUCACGAUUCGUGGUUGUCGAUACGAUUCAAGGACGAUAUUGGUUCAUUUAGAACGAUACGAUCCGAAACGAUUCAGUGACUUGAAAUCGAUUCAGUAACCUUUUAGCCAAAAAUUCAACCAGUGUGACUGAAAUAAAUACCUGGAUACUGGACAGUGCAGGUGAAGUUUCCUAGAUUCCUGUUUCUUGUAAGGACCGCAAUGGUGGCUUGAUAAUUUCUCGCUCGUCGGCUUCUCCUCUGUCGUCCGCCAUGCUAUGUUUUGUUGUCUUGGCGCCUUUGCGCUGCUGCUGGCGCGAUGACGUCACGGAUAGGCAGACUGAAUCGAGUAAUGUUUAAAGCCUUUAUCAUUAAAAGUGCUAAGAAAAAACAUCCAUAUAAAGUCUGACGUGCUUAAAUCCAAUGGGUUAUUUCCUAGUAUCGAUACAAUCGAUUUAUUACAUUUUAAAACGAUGUUAGAUCGAUAUAUGUUGUCCAAAAGGCCAACUCGCCGAGCACAGAUCGAUGUAGUUGGAUCAUAGGAAUAUAAAUCGAUACGUCGAUGUAGUAGAUGGAUCGUUACACCCCUAGUUAUAAGGCUGUACUGUGUAUGGAGUCCACAGCUGUUCGUCUCUCUGUGUUCCCCUGCAGAUGUAUCAGGCUGGUGGAGAGGCAGGUUUCGUGGCAAGGAAGGACUCUUCCCUGGGAACUAUGUGGAGAAGAUCUGA